AAUAUCAAUUUUCCAUUAUGCGAGCACCUUAUCCAUUUCCAAGAAAGAACAGUAGAGGUCUAGAGUUUACAAAUAUUUCUACUGAAGAUCCAAAGGAGAUACAUUUGCCACCAUGGAAGAGAGCUUCAUCGACCAAAGCAAGGAAAUAUCAAGUUCAGAGAGAAAAUUCUGCAAAUUUAGAUAGCCCACACCAAGAAAUGUAUGAAAAAUCAGUCGCUUCAGGAAGAAAUAGCUCAUUAAAUCAAAACAGUCAAUUAGGGUAUAUAAAAGGGAGUCUUAUCAAGAAAAAUGCUGAUAAAGCCAGAGCUCUCUCUGUGAUACGUACUCUGAAUCAUAAGUCCCAGAUUGAUGACUACUCUCGACUUGGUAGUAACGUUUCCACUGAACGAAAGAGGAGUAGUCGUCGGAAUAGUAGGAAAGUAUCACAAUUCUGAAACAUCAAAGCACUUCCUCUCCCACAAGGUUUCAAAAAUAGUAGCUACAAGCCUGAUCUAAGUAUGUUAAUGCUACCUGGAAAUCGUAAAUAAAGCUAUUAAAGAAGACAUCAUGAAAAUAAAAUCUCAGGAAAUAGAAAGUAAUCUUAAGCUUGAAAUAGAAGAAAUCAAGGCUAUUAGGAGUAGCCAACCUGGAAAUUUGAAAAUAAAGCCUCGAAGGAUCAGGCCAUUAAAAGAGAGGUUUGUAGAGUUUGAUGUCAACACUCCUCAAAAGAGCACAUCAACAAAGCUAUCACUCCUUGAUGAAUCUCAGGGAUUUGACCCUGAAAUAUUUGCAGAGACUCUAGAAGACUGAAUUCUUUCUCUUAAGUGUAAUAAUCCUGCUUUAAAGGAUCAGAACGGACUAAAAUCGCUCUCUGAGUUUAAACUCUCCAACACAAAGAAGAGAUCCAUCGAACCUCUUUUACAUAAGAGAAAAGAGGGCAUCAUUUUGGUUAAUAAUGAGUAUAAGGUAUUAAACCAGAAAGCAGCUAAGAUUGAGCACUUUUGGGGCAGAGCUAUCCUUCCUCACAGAAUUUACCACCUCAAAAGUAUUGAGAAGGCAUCCUUCAUGAAAGAAGUCCUGAGAUGGGAUAUCUUUGAAGAGUAUUUUUUGGCCUUCUUCAUCAAAACAAUGGACUUCAACUACUUCCAAAUCAGAUUUAGUCUUGUAGAAUUUAUGAAACUGUUGUUUAAAGAGCUAGUAGAGUAUAAGGUAGAUAAGGAAGAGUUCUCCUGGCCACCAGAGACCAUCUACCACCCCGUGCAACAAGAGGAUCAUGCAGAAGUAUACAACGGGCCUGUAGUUACGAGGACCUCUUGGAUUAAUUUUGCAGCUACAGGUGGGAUCCGCAAGAUCCUUCUUACACUUGCAAAGUCUCCAAUUAGUGAAGAAGCUAAAAAGAAAGAAAAUAAAAGAUUCACCAGACUUGAUACUGUAUUUAGGAUUGACGAUGGUAUUUACAGAUAUGCUUGAGGAUCUAUUUAUAAAGGACAGCGUAAGGGUAUCCUUCGCGAUGGGGCAGGCACAUUUAGCCUUUGCACAGGCGAAGCCUCCUAUGAAGGAGAAUGGGAGGAAGGAUUAAUGCAUGGAAAAGGAAAACUAAGGAUUGGAACAAAGAAAGGAGCUUCGCUUGAAAAUGAAGGGACAUUUGAAGGAAAAUGGAAAAAUGGGUUAAGAGAAGGUACUGGAAGAGUAGCCUGGGACGAUCAAUCUGAAUUCCACGGCCAAUUCGAAAUAAACGACAUGAUCUUUGGAACUUUCACAUGGUUCGACUAUCUAGGUCAUCUCCAUAGAUACCUCGGCCUAUUCAAGGACUACAAAAUGACCCAUCAGGGCUCUCUCCACCCCACCCAAGCCAACCUCUCACCUCUCUAAUUCCAUUAUCACUCCAUAUCUCAAUAAUUUUUCUUAAAAUCUUAAAAUC